AUGUCUGCAUCUCCAACCGGUUUACAGUCGACCAAGCGGCCUUUGGAGGAUCCGUCCUCGCCGUCUGGUCCUAAUGAUCAGCCGGAGGCCAAGCGUCCCGCUCUGGAUAAAGUAGUUAAGGGUGAUGAAUCAGAGGCGUAUGCGGAUGUCAAGACAGACGCGCCCAGUGUGACGGCCGAUGGCCAAGGUGAUACCGUUGUUCCUGAUGCUCCUAAUGCGAAGGGAGGUCUCGGCGAGACCCAGCCCAUCCAGUCCACGGCAUCCCAUUCCGAGGCCGCUGGCUCCCAGUCCGAAGGCCGUCCUCAAGAUGAAUCCAGCUGGAUUCACAUUCGUGCCGUAAUUUCCAGCCAAGAAGCUGCUACGGUCAUUGGUAAAGGUGGGGAGAAUGUAUCUCAAAUCCGUCGUUUGUCGGGAGCCAAGUGCACCGUCAGCGACUACUCUCGCGGCGCCGUCGAGCGUAUCUUGACCGUCAGUGGUCCACAGGAUGCCGUUGCUAAGGCCUUCGGUUUGAUCAUCCGUACCCUGAACAAUGAACCCCUUGAUGCCCCCUCCACUGCCCAGUCCAAGACAUACCCCUUGCGUUUGUUGAUUCCUCACAUUCUCAUUGGCUCUAUCAUUGGCAAGGGUGGCGGUCGUAUUCGCGAGAUCCAAGAGGCCUCCGGUGCUCGCCUCAAUGCCUCCGAUGCCUGUCUUCCCCUGUCCACCGAGCGAUCCCUUGUAAUUCUGGGGGUUGCCGAUGCCGUUCACAUCGCUACCUACUACGUGGCCGUGACUCUUGUGGAGCAGCUCACCGAGCGCUUUGGUGGCCCCGCCGCUUCUGCCUACGCAACUCGCAGCGGUGGUCCUGCUGGCGCGGUGCCGGGCGGCAUGCAAGUUGUCCCCUACGUUCCUCAGCCCGCUGGUGGUCAAUAUGGCCAUCCUGACACCUUCAAACGUCACCACCCUCACCCCAACCGUGCCGGUGCCGGCGCCUAUGGCGUUCCCUACCUCCACGGCCAGGCCGCACCUACCCCCGUAGCCCAGCCUGCCAUGCCGUACGGUGCCGCCCCUCAGACGCCUUAUGCCGGAGCUGGCCCUCACCCGCCGACGCCGUACGGUGGUCCCCAGCCUGCCCAGGCUCGCGGUGGUCCCCCUGUUGCCCCGGUGGGUGGUGGAGCCAUGCCCGGUCAGCCACUGACUCAGCAGAUUUAUAUCCCUAACGACAUGGUCGGUGCCAUCAUCGGAAAGGGAGGUGCUAAGAUCAACGAGAUCCGUCACCUCAGUGGCAGUGUGAUCAAGAUCAACGAGCCCCAGGAGAACAGCAACGAGCGGUUGGUGACCAUCACCGGUACCCAGGAGUGCAACCAGAUGGCUCUGUACAUGCUUUAUUCGCGACUCGAAAGUGAGAAGCACCGGAUCUGA